AUGAGUCAUUCCGUCCCCGACCUUGACCAGAUAGGCAUCAAAGCCGAACACGACCUGGCAGACCAGUUCCGUCGCGAAGUAGCACACCUCCUCGGCCGCAGUAAUCUCAAUUUCCCCGGCGCACAACCAGUCAGUUUCUCCGCGAAACAUUUGACAGAGCUCCAGAAAGAAGAUUACUAUGUCUGUGAAAAGACAGACGGCAUCAGAUGUCUUAUGUACUUCGCGCGCGGUGAUCCUGAAUCCGAAACACCAGAAAUCCACUACCUUAUCGAUCGAAAGAACGACUACCGCUUCGUUCCAGGCCUACACUUCCCCCUACCAGAAGAUGACAGCUUCCAAUCAUACCAUGUCGACACGUUGGUGGACGGUGAACUGGUAAACGACAUAUACGAAGAUGGAUCACAACAGCUCAAGUACCUAGUCUUUGAUUGCCUUGUACUAGACGGACAAAGUCUAAUGCACCGCACACUCGACAAACGACUCGCGUAUUUCAAGGAAAAAGUCCUAAAACCAUAUCAUACCAUGUAUCGCAAAUUCCCCGAGGAAAAACAACACCGCGCUUUCGCCGUCGAAGACAAGUCCACGCAAGUCAGCUACGGUAUCGAGAUGAUGUUCCGCGAGAUCAUUCCCCAGGUUAAACAGAUCCACGGAAACGACGGCCUAAUCUUUACUUGCCGGAGUACACCAUACAAAAUCGGUACAGAUGAGCACAUUCUGAAAUGGAAGCCCCCAUCCGAGAAUACCAUUGAUUUUCGCAUGAGGCUUGAGUUUCCAAUUCUCGAACCCGACACAGAUGAUGAGGCUGAGGGUAUCUCCGAACCAUACCCCGACUACGACGCUAUGCCUAUAUUCCACCUUUUUGUCAUGUUAAAUGCCGGCGAGUAUCGUCAUUGGGGAGAAAUGCACAUGACGCAGACAGAGUGGGAGGACUUGAAAAAUAUGCAUGUCCCGCUAGACGAUGCUAUUGUUGAAUGCUCUAAGAAUGAGGAUGGGCAAUGGCGCUUCCAUCGAUUGCGCGAUGACAAGAAUGAUGCAAAUCACAUCUCGACGGUUGAGAAGGUUCUCGAGAGUAUCGAGGACCGUGUCACGGAGGAUGAUCUGAUUAAAUUGGCGCCGGUCAUUAAGACUGCGUGGAAGGCUCGCGCGGCAGGUAUGGCUUCGGGUGGUGGUAAACCGCGCAGUAUACCUCCCUCGGCUAAUGGGGGUGUCAAGCGGAAAUUCGAGGAAUGA